AUGCCUCGCUGCCAGGUCUACGGUACACACCCUCCUAAUUUUUUCUUGUCGUUCGUCGUCAAAUUUGUCUCCGGGUCUGUGGGUGCGUUGCUACGCGUGGAGGUUCCCUUGUUUGGUAGUCGCAAGGAGGGCAUCGCGCGGUUCCAGGAGCAGCAGGAGGAGCUGCGAGAGCGGAAGAUGUUGGAAAUGCUGGAGGCGCAGCAGUCGCGGGUGAUCGAGCGACAGCGGGCGAACGGCUCCGCAUCGUCCAUCGCCUCCUCCCUCUCCUCCAUCACGUCUCUGGGGGAGAGCCUUCGCACCGGGGGCAGAGUGCGACAGAUGUUUGAAGAGAGAAGGCGGAAUCAAGGAAAAGGCGGAAUCCCACCUCCAAUCCCGGUGGGCUGGGACAAAAGCUUCCCCCUCCAGCCGGUGGAGUCGACGCGGACCACGAGCUCCCGCAGCGACCCGAGCGGGGAACGAAGCGGCACGCGCGGCGCCCCUAACCGCCGCGCCCCCGUCUCCCGCCUCCCCGGCAAGACCACCGAGAUGCGCCGCACUCGAAGCCAACACGGCCUUCACAAGGCCCCCAACGACGAACUCUCCCCCAUGUCCACCUCCUCGCCCCCGAGCCUGAACCCCUCCAGUCGACUCCGCGCCCCCGAGCCGCCGAACGGGCAGCGGUCCACGAGCCAGCCCCCCAGGCGGCGCUGGGGUCGCUCCUCCUCCCGCUCCCCCGACCGUCGCGGCGACCCCAAUGGAAACGUAAACUCCUUGUCCGAAAACGGCAAUAACAACAAAUCCCUAGAGGAGCAAAAAAAGCGCAUCGAACUGGAAAUGAAGAAACGUGAGGAGGAGCUGCUCCGCAAGAUCCGGGAACAGGAGGAGGAACUGAAAAAGAUGAAAAGCACCCCCGUGCUGCCGCCCCCGAAGACGGCCAUCAAGGAGAAGCCCGAAAAGGAGAAUGAUAAAAAGAUAUCGAUCGUCGAUAGUAACAAACGGUUGAUUCAAGAGCAGGACGAAUCUCCACAGGUGAAGCCCCCACCUCGCCGACUGUUCGGGCGGAAGCCGAAGCCGGUGGCGAACGGAGAUGCGGUGCCGAGCGGGCUGCGGAACGGGGAACCACCGGUGUCCCCGCGUCCGCCCAUGCCCCCGUCCACGAACGGGCCCGCGAUCGGGCUGGAGCUCGACCGGCCACAGACGAUCCAAGGAGGGACGAAGCCCCCGCUGAAUCCCGGAGCCCCUGCCCCCCCUGGCCUCGCGACGUGCCACAUCUGCGGCCGGCACUUCGCCCCGGACAGGCUGGGGAAGCACGAGGAGAUCUGCGAGAAGACAUCCCAGAAGAAGAGGAAGGUCUUCGACCCGACCAAGAUGAGGGUCCAGGGCACGGAGGCGGAGAAGUUCGCCAAGAAGGCUUCUACUCCCAAUAAGAAGGCCGAUGCUGGGCCUCCGAAGAAGGACUGGCGGAAGAAACGCGAGGAGUUCCUCAACGUAUUGCGCGAGGCGAAGAAGGUGCAGAAAUACCUCGCAGCGGGUGGAGACAUCGCGGACCUACCGCCCCCACCCCCUUCGGACACCUCCGACUACAUCAACUGCCCCCAUUGCGGCCGCAAGUUCUCGGAGGCCGUCGCCGACCGGCACAUUCCCAAGUGCCAGAACAUCCGCUCCAACAAGCGAUAAAUGCGCACAGAUACGAAUGGGAUGCGUGCGUGCGUGAGUGAGGUGGAUGGAGGAAAACACUGGCAGGUGCUAUGAAGGGAGAAACGGAGGAGCUCGUUGACACUAACCACCUUUUUCCCUUGUGAUAAAGCCCCCAGAGAUGUCCCUGUUCUAUAACGUGUAGAGUAUCCUCAUAGCUGACUAUAUCCUGUACCCCUAUUUUUCUGGCCUCAUUCCUUCGUUUGAAUAAUAAAAAGGGGAACUUCAGUUUCAGUUUGA